UGCUUCAUUUUUGAAACUGACAGAGAGUGUUGUGAAUCGUACACAAACGGUUGUUUAACAUUGUAGUUCAUUAUUCAAGGAUAUAGUUUUUGCACGUGAAUAGUGCUGGGUUUCUUCGUGUUGUUGUUGUUGACUUUGUUUGAAUAACAUAUCGUCACAGGUUUGGGUAUAUCAUCCCUCGAUACAAAAUAUCCAGUUAUCGUCUGACGGAGUUGAAUGUAACAAUAGACAUACUACAGAAGGAAGACAUCUCUUGUUUAUUGUUUCCAACAGGAUUUUUGGACAAGAAAAUGCACUUUGCGUACUAGAAAGCAAUAUGUACAAACCCUAAACGAAACAAGUAACGCAUGAACUACAACAUAAACAAUAUCCCGAAACAUAGUAUUUAACAACGGUUUGUUUUCAUCGCUGUUUAGAGACACUGGUUCUGACCAAGUUGACAAUUGCAGAUCGCGAAAAACGCUAGACCACUACAGUCAUUCAAGAUUCAAGUCAGUUCAAGAGUCAAACUUUACUAAAAUCAGGCUGUUUUCUUGAGACCAAGUUGAAAUUUGCAGAUCACGAUAAACACUAGACAAGAAUAGUUAUUCAAGAUUCAAGUCAGUUGGUGUUGAGAGUCAAACUUUCCUAAUAUGGUCAUACAAUAUGUUGUUGAUUGUAAAAGUCCUACAAAAGGUGAUUGCGCUAGUGCUAGCGUGAGACACGUCUGUCAAGUGGCGGUAGACAUGGGUAACAAAGAUCAGCAGAAUGGAAAGGUCGGUUCAGACGAGAAGUCGGAGAAGUUCCGCAGGUCUUCAUGUCCACCGACGAUGGCCUCCGAGAACCUCAUUACUGUUCGUCGACAACCGUUUACCCAAACAUCCUUCGAUGAGCUUCAUCUGAAUACCGACCAAACCUCAGUGAGUCGACUCAGUAAAUUAAAAGAUAACAUCUACUGUUCGAAAAAGCGAUCAUGGAAGAUUCUAACAAGUUAUGUACCGUUCAUCAAGACCAUUCGCUACUACAAACUUCGGGAGUAUUUGAUGGUGGAUUUUCUAGCAGGAUUGACUGUGGGUAUUCUUCAUAUACCACAAGCCCUGGGAUUUGGUCAACUGACCUCUGUCAAAAUUGAAAAUGGACUGUACACGUCGCUGUGGCCUGUACUCAUUUACAUGAUGUUCGGAACAUCGCCUCAUGUUUCUAUGGGUACGAGUGCUGUUAUUUGUAUUCUUACGGCAGCCGUCGUGGACAGACAAGGUGAAAUGUUUCAAGCUCUUCACCCGGAGGUGUUGAAUCAGACGUUUAAUGGAACUGAUACUUUAAUUCCUGUUGAUGAAGUAGCGGAAUAUCUGGAUUAUAAGGAAAGCAUUGCAAUGUCUGUGACGUUAUUCUGUGGUCUGAUGAUGAUAGCUAUGGGCUUUCUGAAGCUCGGAUUUAUCACAGCUUACCUUUCAGAAUCUUUCUUCGCUGCCUUUACCUCCGGUGCUGCUGUACACAUCUUCACUAGUCAGGUUACUCCCAUGUUGGGCCUAAACGUUCCUCGACACAGCGGAAUAUUUAAAAUCGUCAAGAAUUAUAAAGGAAUCUUCGAGCAUAUAACGGAGGUCAAUUUUACUGCAUUGAUCUGUGCGGUUAUAACGAUGGUGGUGAUUCUGAUUGUUAAAGACUGUAUCAACGAACGCUUCAAGCACAAGAUCGUCAUCCCAAUCCCAAUUGAACUCAUCGUCGUUAUCGUCGGAACAUUAGCUGCCUAUUUUGGAGAAUUUAACAAAAAUUUCGGCGUGGAUAUUGUUGGAUCUAUUCCGAAUACGAUUCCUGCUCCCGUUCUCCCCCCUGUAGACGAGGCUCCGAAUUUCUUGGUGGACUGUUUCAUUCUUGCCAUCUUGAUAUUUGCAAACACCAUCGCUAUGGCCAAAAUCUGCGCUAAGAAACACAAUUACGAAGUGGAUGACAGCCAAGAGAUGAUCGCUUAUGGUAUGUGUAACUUCCUCAGUUGCUUCUUUAAAUGCUUCCCAUCAAGUGUCGCUCCACCACGAUCCAUGGUUUCAUCUGCCAUGAACACCAAAACCAUGCUCAACGGGUUAGUCACCUCUGUUUUGAUUCUUCUAAUUAUCUUAUUUAUUUCACCACUUUUCGCUGCCUUGCCAAAAGCCAUUCUUGCCGCAAUCAUUGCUGUCGCCCUUAAGGGACUUUUCGUACAAAUCUCCAUUGGUUACAAAUACUGGAAGGUCAGCAAGUACGAUUUCGUCAUCUGGUUAUCCACUUUCCUCGCUGUCGUGUUUCUGGAUAUUGAUGUUGGUUUGGGCAUCGGUGUUGGAGUCUCCCUCAUCUCUGUGGUCUUCCAGACCCAAUUUGCGUCUGGAUACAGAGUUGGCCGAUCAAAGGAUGGUGUGUUUGUCGAGCAUAAAAAGUACAACGAUUCACAAGAAACCCUUGGAGUAAAAGUUUUCAGAUAUAACUCAUCUUUGUAUUUCGCCAAUGCUGAAAUUUUCCGAAGCCAAGUCUAUGGAAAGACUGUUAAUCCCCGAAAGUUGUUGAAACUUUUGAAGAAGAAAGAAAAGAAGGUUGCUAAGAUGCAGAAAGAUGGAGGAUACAAUAACGAAUUCAGACGUGAUUCCGUCAUCACUAGGGAACUGAACAAUGAUAUCGCCACAUCGCCAGGAGGUGACCCUGUCAAGAGUCCUGCUUAUGAUAGCAUACAGAACAGAUUAAAUAAUGCUGAAAUAGGUAUGAGCACAUUUUCGAGCAUGGAUAAUCCCGGAUUUUCUAUCCCCGAAGAAAUGUCUUCCAACAGCUAUACUCUUAAACAGAAUGGGGUCAACAAUAACACACAGUCUCGCAUGGGAAGACGUCAUUCCAGCAUGGAUUCCACUUUUCUUGAUGACGAGGAGGACCCUGAUGAUGGUGGAGAAGUUGUUACUGAUGCCAAGCUUCGGUCCUUGAGAAAGACACAUCAUGUUAUUAUAGACUGUGCAGCUAUUAACUAUUUAGAUGUUUCUGGCGCUAGCGUCCUUUCUCAUAUGUUCGUUGAAUAUGGACAUGUUAAUAUUACUAUGUUUUUGGCUGGUUGUUCCGCUACUAUGCGAGAUGCAAUGAAACAUGCCGGUGUUUACGAGAAGAUUGGUCUUGAAAACGUGUUCGUAGAACUAUCAGAUGCCGUGGCAGUAGCCAAAACACAUAAAAUUAUUCCCCUACCAUCUUCUGGUCUUGGUGACUUCUCAGAUGAUGAAGCUGCCGAAGACUCUUACGUUACUAAUUUAUAAUCUUAUUCUCAGCAAAUAAGUUGUUUGUAAAUAUUUGUAUGUAAUUGGUUUACGUUAAGAAACUAUAGUUUCAGUCUAACCUUUAUUAUUUAAUGGUGUUUGGUAGGAUGUUUAAAAUUUAGUUUGUUAUCAAAUAUCACUAAAAUCGCUAUUAAAUUGUAGUUGAGUAGGUGUGAAUUUAUAAGCUUGGGAUAUUACAAUCUGAGUAAAACGGAGAUCCUAUUUCGUUUCGUUUUUUUAAAGUUCAUUAUACUUGUCGUGGCGUAAAAUGUACGGAACUGUGGGUAUCCCACUAGAUACAUUAACGUUGAUUGGGUAAACGUCAUCGAGUCAAAAGCCACUCGUAUGACCCCUGACGCAACCUUCCACUACAACUGGUUAGAUCUUCAUGUAGUGGAGGCCAUCGAAAGUAUAAAGAAUCGAAAAGAAAUAUAGAUCUGUACUUUAAUCAGAUUAAGGGCUAUUGCCUUCAAAUGUACAUCUUACAGCGUAAUUCGGGUCGCAUUUAUUUUGACUACCUGUCUUGCUCUUCAGUAUUAUUUAAUACAUUUACGCGAAUUUCCAGGUACUUAAUAACAUAUAAUUAUUCAAAAGAAUCUAAAUAUCUGUUUUUAAAUGUUUUAUAUGUAAAUAUAUGUAAAUAGAUUAUUCCAUGGACCUUAUAAUAAUGUCUAUAAUUAUACCAGUAAAUAUAAUACAUAACCUGACCAACUCUACGAUUUUGAAGACCCUUUGGUAAUCGGAUAACCUAACCCUGUGGGUACUUGUUUUCCUGUGUACUUAUUUUGACACAAAAGUGUAAUAAAAAAAAAUACCCAUCCUAUUUCUCAUAAGGUCUUCAAAAUUCAUACUGACAAUUAGAGAGUUGCAUGGAGUAAAAAUGUUAUAAUAAUUAUGUCUAUAUAGAUACUAUUUUGUGGGGGUGGGGGUUAGGUGGAUAUUUUUUAAAGAAAGAAAAAAUACAAGAAUAAUUAUAUAACUGUAUAAUUGAAAUCAUUAUAUACUUCGAUUCCUCUCUCUUCUUAAAUCUUUCAUUUGAAAUGUACUUAAUUUCGUUUCUUACUUAAUUUCAUUCAUUUUAAAACUUACUUAGUUUCUUCCAUUUUAGAACUUACUGAAUUUUUAAUCUGAUGUCUUCCAAAUAUCUUAGAGAUCUAAAACGGGUUUAUUUUUACUAAAACAUGGUUUAUUUCAUGUUCGUAUUACAGGAUGCCGCCAUUUUCAGAUGUAUAGUGGGAUAGUCAAAUCUCUCAAAAACUUUUAAAAUCGUGAACGAGUUUCCCAUUUUUAUGUCUGUCAGCUGAUAUAGGAUGUCCGGUGUUUAAGAGUUAAUUAAUAUAAAAAAAAAUGUUUUAAAUUGCCUUAAGGCCAGCACAUGUUAUUUUGCCUUUCUCUUGAAUGAUGUUGAUUUGCCAAGAUCGUAAAAUGUGCGUUGGCCUUUAUAGAGGAAGCGGGUUACUGUAAACGAUAUGCAUUUAGUUGUAAUUGUAAAAAAAAUAAAAAGUAUUUAUUUAAAGUUGUAAUAACAAUUAUUGAUUAUUUGUAAUUAUAUAUAUAUAUAUAUAGCAUUAUUAUUAUGGUUAUUGUUAUUAUAUAUUUCAUUGAAUAAUGUAAUAUUCUAUUGAUUAAUGACGUGCUACGCUUUUCUUCGUACCAGCUAAUCGGCAAACGAAAUAUUGUUCACUUCGCUUUAGAAAGAAUCUCGUGCAUGUUUUCGAUAAGAAACGUUAUAAGUCUUUCUACUUCGAUGAGACUUGCUUGGUUUUAGGAGGAAUUUCGUGCAUGUUUUCAUUAAGAAACGUUAUAAGUCUUUCUACUCGAUGGGACUUUCUAACUUACACUGUAAAUAGUUGUCUCUUGUUUAUCUUCCACAUAUAUCUAUGUUAUUGUCACAUUAUCUACUAUAUAAUUCAUACUUUAUAUAUUCAAAUAAAGUGUCGCCAAGACCUCAGUUUAUUUAACAUA